CCGCCGCACGGGGUCCCGGUGCGCUGUCCCUGGGCCCCGCCACCCGCAUCGGUCGCCGUCUCCCACGUCCUCCCGCCACGCCCCGCGUUGUGGUCCCCCCCGGCGGCAGGAGGAUGGGAGGGGCGCGGCGAUCCCUGCCCGACGGCGCAUCCGCGGCGGCCCUCGGAUGUCCGAUGGGCUAGAGGGAGGUGCGGCGGGGCGCGGAGGCGGGGCGGGGAGGAGAGAGGCCCCGCUCGGGGAAGACCGCUAAGUGCCAGAUGUUUGGCAACAGUCAGGGAGGAAGUCGCUGCCGGGGCCCUGAGUCCCGCCCGAGCCGCGCCGGAGCAGGCAGGGCCGCGCCAUGGCCCGCACGGCUCCCCCGACAGUGCCGCCGCCCCCGGGGCCGCCUGCUCGCGGCUCCCUCAGCCUCCAUCGCGCCUACCUGCGGAGCCCGCUGGGCCUGCUACGCUUGGGGCAGCUGGCUCUGGGCGCUGCCUUCUGGGUGACGGUAGCGGCUCAUAAGUACGAGGGGGCGGCCCACUUCGCUCUGUUUGCCGCCGUCCUGGUCUGGCUUCUCACCCUGGCACUCUUCGGGCUGAGCCUGCUGGGGCGCUGGGAGCUGGUGCCCUGGCUGGGCUCCCGCUGGCUCCUCACCAACCUGGUGCACGACCUGGCACUGGGUAUGGGUCUCUACGCAGCUGCCACUGGCAUCAUGGGUCAUAAGGCCAAGCAGAGAAGCUUUUGCAACCUGCCGGGCUACAGCCAGCACUGCCUUUACAGUGCCUACCUGAGCGCCUCCAUCUGUGGGGGCAUCACUGCCUGCCUGUACCUCUUCUCCGGGCUCUAUUGCCUAUCACGGCGUUGCCAGGACCAGCGAGACAUCAUCUGAGAUCCCGUGCCACUUGGCUCCCCUUCUCAGCCGCAGACAGAACACGGCCUGUCUUUGGGAUGAAAUGACCCUGCCACCCCAUCCCCUCCUGGCUGACUGCACUGCAAUUCCUCCAGAGAAUCCUGCACAGACGGAUGGACAGACAGAGGCCUUCGCCGAGCACGGCUUCCCCUGCAGCGCACUGAGACAGCAUGGACACCCAGCCACUGCACAGGCCCUUUUCCCACCCUUGGACAGAUGUAGGCUACUGCAAGUGGAAGGACCCAAAUGGAGAGCCCCCAAGAGGCAUACCAAUCUUUGUGAGCCCCUCCUAGAACUCAAGCCAAAAUCCCCUGCCCCUGGUCUUGCAGACGCUGCAUGCUCAGGGACUGUGUGAGGCUGCUCUCUGGUCUCUCCUCGGGGAGAAGUGGCCCAGCAACAUCAUGGGGGCAAACCCACUGUGCCCGACACAGCUGGAUGCGGGCCAUGCCAAGACCCAGACUGGGACUGAGCCCUGGACUGGGACCGGAUCCAGACUGUGACUGAGCCCUACACCAGAGCAGGACUGCAUCGGGACGAGGCCGGGACGCUGAGCAGCCUCGUGCCAGGGCCGACCUCUGUGUCGUGGGCCGACUGGACCCACGGAGACUCCGCCUCGAGCCUCACGCCCAGAGCGGCGAGCAGGCCGCAGCUCGGAGGGAGGCCGGGCACGCAGGGCGGAGGGAGGCCGGGCACGCAGCUCGGAGGGAGGCCGGCA